AUGGCCAAGAAGAAGGUGGUCAAGAAGAAGAAGAGCACCAAAUCCACGUCGGCGGCCAAGGGCCCCUCUGAGCCCAUUCAGCCCAAGGUGUGUCCCAAUUGCGGUGCCCUCUAUACGCCCCUCAAAGCCUCCCCGAUGUGCAGCAUCUGCACCCAAGCUCAGGCUGCAGCCAUCACCUUUUCCUUGCCAGCCGAGCCCUCGGAGGCCGAGCUGGUGACGGCUGAAGCUGCCGCAGAGACAGCGGCUGCCAAGGCUGCCAAGAAGACGACCACGUCCACCACCAAAAAGAAAUCUGUCAAGAAGAAAUCAACGACCAAAAAGAAGUGA